AUUCUCAACAAUUUUGAACGUAUUAUCUGGAAAAAUUUUACCCAUACUCUGAUUGAAAUGCCAAAAGUGAGGACAUUUUUUUGAGUCUUCGAAUUACCCAUAUUCAAAAUUAACCUCCUCUGAACCUUCUAUGCGAACCUUCAGAAGCUCUGCUAACAGAUGUAACCUUAAAUUGACUUUGCAUUUUUUAUUAUUGUAAUGACGUGUGUGAAAUUUUUGGUGUGAAGACGACGACAAACAGGGAAUAAAAGCGCGAGGACAUUGUGAUGAAAACCAGUUCAUUUGCGAAUUUUGUGCUAUAGGUUUGGCAUUGAGUUUCAUCAUGGCGAAGUUAAUACUAUUGGCGAUAGCAAUGCUCGCAUUGUGUAUUAUAACGUGUGAUUCGAAAUUGCCAGCAAGUGAUGUGGAAAUCACGAAUCUAAGCGAACUUUUGUUCAAAAAUGCUGAUAAUCGACUGUCGAAAAAAGUUUUUUUCAACAUCAAAGCAAAUCCAGUGUUGAGGGUGAAUGACACCGAUUUGAGUAGUGUGGAAACUAUUAGAACGAUGCGCCCUUUGUUCAAAAACUUUAAAAUAGAUUCCGCACUUCCGGAAGUAGUAACCCAACAAAUCGAAGCCCAGCAAGAUAAAUUCUUGGACGCAGUGAUCAAAACAACUGCUAUGACGAUCUUGAAGAAUUUCUUCAAGAAGAAAAAUGUUGAUGGAAUUUACAAUGUAGAUGAAGCGGUGGCACAGAGAAAUUUUAAGCAUCUUCUCAAGGUUCUCUGGUUCACGAACUAUGCACGAAUGAGAGGUGGCGCAAAAGGUAGUUCUGGAUUUGAACAUGUAUUUUGCAAGGAAAUCAUUUACAAGAACAACGUUAUAUCGCAUGGCGAACUUUCUGGCUUCCAUAACUGGAUACAUUUCUAUGAUCAAGAAAUGGCCAAAACUCGAAAAUUGACUUUCCAGCAACUCACGAGAGAUCUGACACUGUCAAAUAACUUUAGAAUUGUUAAAUACAAAGUGUCAUACGAUAAUAUGGAAAAAAUAACAUCGAUGUUCAUUGGAACCACGCCGGAUUUCGAAAUGAGUUUAUACACUCUGUGUGUUGUGAUGGAUCGAGAAACGUGUCAGGUGUCAUUGGGUAAAAAACGGUUCUUCAUCAAGACAUUUGUAUUUUCACGUGGACAAGACAAAUUGGUUGCAAGCAGCUAUCCAGCGAUAUAAAUGUUUAAGAACUUACUCUAUCACUGUGUAACUUGAAUAAAAA